AUGGAGUGGACGGAAGUUAGAAGGAAAAAGGCACCGGCGAGACCAAAGCAUAUUCAGGAAACAACUUACUUCGUCACCAAUGUUCCAGAACAAGCCAAGAAAGGAGAAAUCAGAGAGGCAUUUGGGAGAUUUGGGAAGUUUACAGAUGUUUACAUGGGAGACAAGAAAGGAAAGAAUGGGAAGUAUUUUGUAUUUGUUCGGUUUGGUGAGGUCAAAAAUGUCAUGGAGCUAGAAGAGAAGAUUAAUGGAAUGACAUAUAGAGGGAAUAAGUUGGAAGUUAACCUGGCGAGACACAGAAGGAAAGAUCUCCCAAACCCACAUACAACUAAUGUAAACCGGAGGCCAAUACAAGUGAACAAUACUGGGAGAUGGAAUACAUUUAGGGAUCACCGGACCUUCACAGAUGUCACUAGACCCCCACACAUGUCGGGGAAAAACUCAGCUCAAUCUGUCCCGCCGGCACCACCGGGACCAAGGCCCAUCCAAUUACAAUGGGACAAUCAGACUUACCACUGGCUGCAUAAGACAUCACUCAUUGGGGAAGCACUGACCUUAGACCAUCUGGGACAUCUGCCAAAACUCUUACGAGAUAACGGUGAAACAGAUUUAGAGAUAAAAUAUGUUGGGGGGCUAAGGGUUCUGUUUCUUUUCGACAGCUCACUAGAUGCAAAAGAUUUCUUGAAUAAUGAGAACAGGUGGAAAGAAACUCUGAAGUGGGUGAAUUGGAGUGAUGAAACUGAUAUGCAAGUUGAGCGAGUAGCCUGGAUCAGAAUUACAGGGCUUCCACUAUACUUAUGGGGGGGGGGGGGGGGGGGAACGGUGGACUUGUCGUGCCCAAAGAUUGGAAUUCUCACCUCAAGGAAAACCAGAGUAAAUGAAGAAUUACAAGUUGCCAUUGACUGGAGGGUCUUUAAAAUUGGUAUCAUCGAAUUUGACGAAGAUUGGUUUCCUUUUCGAUUUGACAAGUCGGAGGAUUACUAUGAGACACAGGAUGAGGACGACGAAGAAGACAGUGAAUAUGGGAAUGAAGAAGAGGAUGGGAUAUCGGACACGUAUAUGGGGAACCCAGACGAUGAGAAGGAAGAAGGUGAGAUAUCACCGGAACUACAAACGGAAAAGAAUGUGAUUCAAUCGGAAGGUGGACAAGCGAUAAACACAGAGAUCGGAGAUGAAUUUCCGACCAGACAACCGGUGGUCAGAAGUGAGGUAAACGAAACGUCGGAAGAAGUGCAACGGACACCUGGUGAACAAAUGAUGGUGCGGGAUUCUAUGUUGACUGAACACGUAGCAUCGCCUAGAAUCUUGGAGGCAUUAAUGGAUAACGGUAACAUCCCUAGUCUAAUCCACAACUCAAAGGACAACUGCCCUGGCCCAGGUAUGGAAUCAAACCCAAACUUAAAUGGGCUUUCUUAUGAGCUACCCCUAAUUGGUUGUUUUGGGCCGUUUUCGUCUCCUAUUGUAUCAAACAAAGGCAUACGCCAGUCAUCUGAAGUAUGUAGUUCACUGGGGAAAAGGAGGAGACUAGAGCAUGACGAACCCAGACGACCUAUCCCUUUAAUAAAUCAGAUGACUAGCCUCUUUGACCUUGAUGUACCCCCGUCACACAUGGCUUCCCAAACGGCGGUAGUCAAAGAAGUCGAUCACGCUCCAAUCGACAUUAACAUAGUCCCGUCUGAAAGUCAUGGAAACCUGAAUGAAGACGUGUCUGACGAUUGCUCCUCUUCUUCAACUGAAAUUAGAAAGACGGUAGAAAUUGGGAAUGCAUUAGGGUUCGAAAUUAGCCCCAAUGACCCAAUUUUAAAGGGAGUAAUGGGUGAAAUUGGCGAGGCUGCAGCACCACAAUGA